GCAUGCUGACUUAAAGAGAAAGUGAAAGAGGAAUAUCUUCCGUUGUGUAAACCCCUGAAUGAGGUGCUGUACAAACCCCUGUUUGCAGAAGGUAUUCGAUCAGAGUUAAGACAAACAUCAGAGGUGUAAAUAUGUGGGAUGAAGAUGACUCAGAUGACCUGGAUACAGGUGUAAACAUGUGGGAUAAAGAUGACUCAGAUGACUCAGAUGAUUCAGAUGACUCAGAUGACCUGGAUACAGGUGUGAACAUGUGGGCUGAAGAUGACUUGGAUCCAGGUGCUCCACCAUGUCUUGAAAGCUUUAUAGAUCCAUCUGAUGAUACCGUCUACAGAAUGUAUCAUGGAACAUCCAGGGAGGCUGCAGAAGAAAUUAAAGCUUAUGGCUUUAAUCAGUCUACUAAAGGGAUGCUUGGGCGUGGGGUCUACCUUAGUCGAGAUCUAGAAAAGGCCUCAAGGUAUCCUCUGGAAGAACCUGAGAACCAGCGAGUUGUGCUGAGAGUUAAAGUUAAUGUUGGUAAAGUUAAGAAAAUCAACUAUAAGAAACACCCAAUGCAAAAAACUUGGCAUGACUAUGGGUUUGACACUGCCUGGUGCCCUCCAGAUUGUGGCAUGGUGUCAAGUGGUCUUGAAGAGUUCUGUGUUUGGGAUCCAGAUCGAAUCACAGUUAUUGGUCAAAUUUGUCCAAAACCAGAGGCUUCUGAUGUUUGCAAUAUUUCUUAAAAUACAUUUGAAUAGAUAGUAGUCCUAAAGUGUAUUGUUGUUUUUUUUUUGACAAGUUUUGAAUACAAACUUCAUGUUAUAAAAAUUUUCAUAUUGUAUUUCAUGUUCUGACCCUGAAACUAUGUACAAACAAAUAAAACAUCAUUUAAACUGG